AUGGAUCAUGCACAAAAAGCGGCAAGUCUUGCCUGUCCUAACUCCUUGACCGCCCCAUACGGCAUUCAGAAUGGAAAGGCAACAGGCAAAAUAAUUCGCCAGAAUCGAUCUUUUCAAAGACACGAUAGCAGUAGAGGCAGAGAUGCUCGUCCGAUAGCAAUAAGUGCAUCCGGCAUCCACAGCGGUGAUCACGGUAUCUUCGUGACCUGUGACAAGGGCCAAGAGAGGAAAUGCCUGCAAGAAAUCUCUGACAUACUCGGCGAGUAUAUCGAAUCCACUUCUCAACCAGCUCAAGAACCAGACUUGGGCAUUUGUGAUGCAAAUGUCGAUAUAGAAACUGCCAUUUUCGCGGAGCUGGAGUCGUUACGAUCCAUGUCAUCAACCACAGGCUCACAAAGUCCGAAAUUGUCUUUCAUCACGCUUGACAUACCCUGUGUAUCGUUCAUCAGGUUCCCCACCAGCACUAACAGCGAGAGAACGCUGGAUCCCGUCGAGAUCGUACGACAUAUAUGCGAAGAAGCCUCAAGGAAAGAUUCGACAGGGCCCCGAAGCCGCUAUGUUAGACGAUUGACCCCCGUGAGCCUUGUGAGAAAGACUUUGAACAAUGGGCUUGAAAGCUUGUGUGAUGAAGUGCUUCCACCAGAAUUUCGGAUUGACGUCGUCGGUGAAGGUCCCUCCUCCGGUUGCAAAUUCGCGAUUCGGCCAACGAUAAGAAACAACGAGAAAUUCAACAGAGACGAUGUGAUACGAAUGGUGGCUGAUAGAAUUGCCGCAUUGGGGAACGGGAAACAUAGCGUUGACCUGAAAGGUUAUGAUAAACUUGUACUCAUCGACGUAUACAGAAACAUCGUCGGUAUGAGUGUGGUUGGGAACGAGUUUGAAAGACUCAGACGUUUCAAUUUGGCUGAGCUUCAUGCCACUCAUCUUGGAGAGGCAGACUUGGGGACCAAGGGGGAGCAGCUCAAGGCAGGGGGAGCUCCAGCAAACUCACAGACCCAGAGUACCGAGCCAACAGGCGAUAGGCGAAAGCCAUGA